AUGGGUCCUGAUCAGCAUGCUCAACUGGACGACAUCAGUCUUGUCCUUCCAUUCCCCUGUCGCGUGGCUGUGAUUCUGGUUGCUGGUUUCUGGGGUUGGGGAGUUAAUCUGCAUUAUCUCCUGAAGAGAAAUAUUGAUGUCCCUGCCCUUAUUCGAUAUCCCGCCCGGCAUUCUUCCCAUCAACGACCCCAUCACUCCUCGACGUACCAUUUAGCGACCCUUCUGACCAUUCCCCUUGUUUUAACCCUUCUGAUAUUCUGGGCCGCCACUCAUGGAUCUAAGGAACGAGUGGAAGCGCUGGACUACAUUCCCCAGUCGUACCUCUUCAUUUACAUCAUCAUUAUCCUUCUCCCGUACAACCGCCUUGCGCGAACCGGACGACACCGACUACUCGUGACCUUGAGACGAAUCAGUGUGGGUGGGCUAGCGGAGGCCCAGGAUGGCAAAUUUGGCGACAUUCUCUUGGCCGACGCCCUGACCAGCUACGCUAAGGUCUUGGGAGACUUUGUCGUUACCUUCUGCAUGUUCUUUGGAUCCGACGUCUCCAGCACAUCCAAGCCCCAUCGCAAAUGCGGCAACGACUACCUCACCCCUCUCAUCAUUGCGACUCCCAGUCUUAUCCGACUUCGACAAUGUUUAAUCGAGUACCUCCGGGUCCAUCGCAGUGGCCCCAAGAGAGAAAGUACGGGCUUUCAGCACUUGGCUAACGCCUUGAAAUAUGCGACCGCAUUUCCCGUCAUCGUCCUGUCCGCCAAAUUGAGGAAUUACAAUCCCCUUGAGAUGUACGGAUAUAGUGAAAUGAGCCUAUCCCGCCUCUUGUAUAUCUGUACCUUUAUCAACUCUGCCUACUCUUUCUACUGGGAUGUGACCAAGGAUUGGGAUCUAACCCUCUUCACACCAUCCCGCCUCGACCCAGACCAUCCUUAUGGAUUACGUCGCCAUCGCUACUUUUCCGACCGACAGUACUAUGCUGCCAUCUUGCUGGAUUUAGGCAUUCGCUUCGCAUGGAUUUCCAGGUUCGUGCCAGGAUUUCUCUGGCUUACCGAGACCGAGGGGGGUCUUUUCACCCUGAUGUUCCUCGAGGUUGCCCGUCGAUGGAUGUGGAUUUUCCUUCGAGUAGAGGCCGAAUGGAUCAGGAAUAACCGUGGCCCAGCACCCGAUGAUAUCCUUCUCGGCGAGUUCAACGGCAAACUAGACGCCGAUUGA